CUUUUAUUUUCAACUUGUAGUAAACUACGAACUUGAAUACGAAUAAAUUCGAUAAGUAGCGGAAAACAGAAAAUUAAAAUGAAUGCUAGACAAAUUUGAUAAAGUAUUACGUAAUUGCCAAAUCAUCGUUGCUGGUUACGUUCUAUUUUUGCAAUUUAAUUAUUGGAGGUUAUGUGUGCGCGAACUCAAAAGACGUGUUUUAUGUUUCAUGGCAAGAUUAUCGAGAUUGGCAAGUAGUGUACUUAGAAAUAUCGGCAAAGUUACACCGAUGCGGUCAAAAGUUGUGUUCGUUUUGGGUAGCCCGGGUGCUGGAAAAGGCACCCAAUGUCAAAAAAUAGUGGAGAAUUUCGGUUACGUUCAUUUAUCGGCGGGAGACUUAUUGAGAGACGAGCGAAAAAAACCCGGUUCAAAAUAUGGAGAGUUGAUAGAAAAUUACAUCCGGGAAGGCAAAAUAGUUCCUGUAGAAAUAACCUGCAGCCUCUUAGAAAAUGCAAUUAAUAGUUCUGGGAAAGACAAAUUCUUAAUUGACGGUUUUCCAAGAAACCAAAAUAACUUAGAUGGUUGGAAUAAAGCAGUGGCAGACAAAGUACAACUACAAUUUGUACUAUUUUUUGACUGUCCCUUGGAAAUAUGUGCAGAACGUUGUCUCAGCCGAGGGGCACAAGGAAGUGGUCGAUCAGAUGAUAACAUUGACAGUUUAAAGAAGAGAUUUAAUACAUACAUAAAUGAAACUCGACCAAUCAUUGAAUACUAUGAAAACUUAAAUUUAGUUCGUAAAAUAGAUGCCACAAGGCAUGUCGAAGAAGUUUAUGAGGACGUUAAGAAGUUUUUUCGAGAUGAUGCUGCUGGAGGAGACAAAUAAACAAGGAAAGUCAAAUGCAAAUAUGGAUUAGAAUGGCAAUAGGUGAACACAUUCCAAAUAUAUUUUAUUUAGCUAGUUGUGCUGCACACCUGAAUAUAAGGCAAAAAAACCACCAACCAGUGGAAAAUGUGUUCUGUUAUUAUAUUAGCAUAAUUAUUUGGAAUAAGUAUAUUUUCUUGCCCUUAAAAACUUGUAGGAAAUUGUUUACCUAGUACAUGUUUUAUAUAUUUUUAUGUAAGUUAAAAAAAUGGGUUUGUAAAUGUAAUUGUGUACAACGUUCCUGCUAAUAGAAAUCAAAAGAAUGUA